CAGAGGACAUGCUCAACUAAAAUAAUUAUCACAACUUGCGCAGCAUCCAUUUGCUAUUUGUGCAAGUUUCAUUUUAAAUUAGACUUUUUUUUUCCCAAACGUGCGAUCACCACCAUGUAAUGCAAUUUGGCAACAAUCAAGCUACGUAAUUAUUAUCACUUGGUAACCACUCCAUUCGCAAAGAAUUGUGGGACAACAAGUCAAAGUCGUACUUGAUUAUUGACUGUAUGUCAUUCAAUGCAAGAAAACGUACGAGAAAUGAGACAUGUUUUCAAAAUAAAUUUGUUUAAACUGUUUUUUUUGAUAUUUUGCUGUGUAUGGGGUCUUCUGUAAUGUAUGGAGUGGUAUUGCCGUUUUCUAUGAGCGUAUAAAAAGUCCGAGCUUGGAGCAUCAUUACUGAUAGAUGCUGUUGACUGGAAUUGUUGUUAGUUUUGGUGUGUAGACUUUGUUCGGCGGAUUUCUUGUCUUGUACCAUAUAUUAUGGCCAGUCAAAAAAAGAAAGAUACAAAGAUGCGUAUACGGGCUUUUCCGAUGACCAUGGAUGAAAAGUAUGUUGAAGGCAUUUGGAACUUACUGAAGAAUGCAAUACUGGAAAUUCAGAAAAAGAACAACAGUGGACUGAGUUUUGAAGAACUGUACAGAAAUGCUUACACAAUGGUAUUACACAAGCAUGGUGAAAGACUGUAUAGUGGUCUGAAAACAGUUGUCACUGAACAUUUAGAGCAAAAGGUGAGAAAAGAUGUUUUAGACUCUUUGCAAAAUAAUUUUCUGGUUGCUCUCAAUAAUGCCUGGAGUGAUCAUCAAACAUCAAUGGUGAUGAUACGAGACAUUCUUAUGUACAUGGAUCGAGUAUAUGUGCAACAGAAUAAUGUGGACAACGUAUAUAAUUUGGGAUUGGUUUUGUUUCGAGAUUUGGUUGUACGUCAUGGAAGCCUAAGAGACCAUUUAUGUAACACAUUGUUAUCAUUAGUAAGUCGUGAGCGGAGAGGCGAAGUUGUUGAAAGGAUGGCUGUGAAAAAUGCUUGUCAUAUGCUGAUGGACCUCGGCAUCGAUUCGAGAAUCGUGUAUGAGGAAGAUUUUGAGAAGAAAUUCUUAAACGAAUCAGCCGAAUUUUACAGGGUGGAGGGUCAGACGUUUUUAACUGAAAAUAGUGCAUCAGUUUAUAUUGAAAAGGUCGAGAAACGUUUAAAUGAGGAAUCUGAGCGUGCUAAACAUUAUCUUGAUCCAAGCACAGAAAAACCAAUAACAGAGGUACUGGAAGAUGAGUUGAUUGCAAAACAUAUGAAGACUGUCGUAGAGAUGGAAAACUCAGGAGUUGUUCACAUGUUGAAGCACAACAAAACAGAAGAUUUGGCGCGAAUGUUUCGCCUUUUUCAAAGAGUUAAAGGUGGACUUCACGCUGUUUGUGAAUGCUUGCGAAAAUAUUUACGUGAACAGGGUGUUGGUUUAGUAAAAGAUGAUGAAACGGGUGAACAGGGAAAAAGCGCUAUUACCUACGUUCAGUCCUUGUUAGAUUUAAAAGACCGUUUUGAUCACUUUCUUCGACAAUCUUUCAACGUUGAUAAAGUCUUUAAACAAGCAAUAUCUUCUGAAUUUGAAUAUUUUCUCAAUCUAAACGAAAAAUCGCCUGAGUAUCUAUCGUUGUUUAUUGACGACAAACUGAAGAAAGGAGUGAAAGGGUUGUCCGAACAAGAGAUUGAAAGCGUUUUGGACAAGUGUAUGGUUUUAUUUCGAUUUAUACAAGAAAAGGACGUGUUUGAAAGAUACUACAAACAUCAUUUGGCUAAAAGAUUGCUGUUAAAUAAGAGCGUAUCUGACGAUGCAGAGAAGAAUAUGAUAUCCAAACUGAAGACGGAGUGUGGUUGUCAGUUCACGUCAAAGCUUGAAGGAAUGUUCAAAGAUAUAACUCUAUCAAAUACAACUAUGGAUGAAUUCAAACAGCACAUUCAAAGCAACAAUUCAAAAAAUUUUGAUCUACGGGGUGUUGACCUUAACGUGAGGAUUCUUACCACGGGUUUUUGGCCUACACAGUCGGCUCCACAAAAUUGUAAUAUACCGGCGCAGACACAGCAAGCGUUUGAAUCUUUUAAACGAUUUUAUUUAUCGUGUCACAGCGGCAGACAGUUGACUCUUCAACCCCAAAUGGGUUCGGCAGACCUGAAUGCUGUGUUUUUUGGGUCAAAGAAGGACGAUGGUGCUGCAAAUAUGCACAAGCACAUCAUUCAGGUGUCGACGUACCAGAUGUGUAUAUUGAUGCUGUUUAACAUUAAAGACGUUUUCACUUGUGAGGAAAUUGCUAGUGAGACAAACGUUCCCGAACGUGAUUUGCACCGAGCGUUACAGUCCCUCGCUUGUGGCAAGUCAACACAGAGAAUUUUAAUUAAAGAUCCGAAAUCUAAGGACAUAGAGCCGUCCCAUCAGUUUCGAGUGAACGAUCAAUUUUCAUCGAAGCUGCACAGAGUCAAAAUACAAACAGUCGCUGCGAAAGGUGAAGGUGAACCAGAGAGGAAAGAGACGCGAUCUAAGGUUGAAGAUGAUCGAAAACACGAAGUUGAAGCAGCUAUAGUUCGAAUAAUGAAAGCUCGUAAGAAACGACCGCACAAUCUUCUUGUCGCCGAGGUUACCGAACAGCUCAAAUCUCGAUUCAUGCCAAGCCCUCAAGUUAUUAAGAAACGAAUUGAAGGUCUCAUAGAAAGGGAAUACUUGUCAAGAACACAAGAAGAUAGGAAAGUGUAUGUUUAUGUCGCGUGAGAAGUAUCGAUCACCAUACUUAGAGACUGGGACCGAGUUUGCGGAGAAAUGAUUAUUUCACGUGAAACGUAACAUAUUGAAUCACAAUGUAUAUACAGAAAAUUAAGAUGUCGCGAAUUCAUAAAUAUGAUCAUUUAUUAUUUUCUCACAUUGAAAUACAAAUGAGGUACGAAAUGCCGUGUAGUUUUAUGCCCAAUAAACAUAAAAGUACAUGAAAA